UUAAACUCAAGUCAGCAUGUAAAACAGUCCUAUAUUUUUAAUACAAGUCUGUGGCAGAUAUCUGGAGCAGGAACAGAGCUUCUGUCUGGGUCUCACACAGGAGUUCAAGCUCUGAUAAACACUAAGCAGUGCUUGUUUGAUCGUGCGGUACCGGCUCUCAGGUUGGCGUCUCGUUCCGUGUCUUCGGGCCUCAGUAUGAGGGUCUGCCUGCUGGCUAUAGCCUGCCUCAUCUACCCGGUGGUGAUGUUCUCUUUCAAGCAGAUGACGGAGUGGAUACAGAACUACGCUCAGAGCUUGAAGGAGAAAACCGAGGACCUGAGGCACCAGAGACAACUGGCUGAGGAUCUGCUGCACCAAAUGCUUCCCAAGUCAGUCGCCAAGCAGCUCCGUCAGUGUAAACAUGUCGAGGCUGAGAGCUAUGAGAAGGUGACCAUUUUUUUCUCAGACAUUGUGGGUUUCACUUCUAUCUCUGCGUCCUGUACUCCUCUGCAAGUGGUGGAGAUGCUCAACAACCUCUACAUGUGCUUUGACACACGCAUUGACUCCUAUGAUGUCUACAAGGUGGAGACGAUUGGGGAUGCGUACAUGGUGGUGAGCGGUCUGCCUGAGAGAAACGGGGACAGACAUGCUGACGAGAUAGCCAAGAUGGCGCUGGAUCUGGUGGCGGCUGUCAGACAGGUCUCCGUCCCUCACAUGCCCAACCACAGGCUGCAGCUCCGAGCCGGCAUCCACACAGGUCCAUGUGUGGCGGGAAUAGUGGGCUACAAGAUGCCAAGAUACUGUCUGUUUGGAGAUACCGUCAACACGGCCUCUAGAAUGGAGUCCACCAGCCUGCCUCAGAGAAUCCACACCAGUUCAGAAUCCUACUUGGCUCUGAUCAAAGACAACGCCUACGAGCUGCAGCUUCGUGGAGAGAUUGAGGUUAAGGGUAAAGGCAAAAUGAACACAUACUGGCUGAUCGGCCAUAAGAACUACAGUGUGCAGAACGACAGUCUGGUCUGUCACUGGAAUCCCAACAUGGCCAGAAAGAAGAAGACGGUGGCAGGCAGUGAGGUCUCUGUGGGCAAUUCAUCAGUGACAGUUCAGAGCCUCAGUGAGAAUGCCACCACCCCAGUCUCCCUCCCCUCUUCAGUGCUGAACCAAACCCCACAGCGACCUCAGACAGACAUGCCUGGCCUGAGUGUAGCAGCUCAGAUGGAGCAGCAGCCAUGA